AUGCUUGCUUCGCAGGUUUUAAUGGAAUUUCAAAAGUUACUUUCUCCUAAUUUUUUUUUAAAAAAAUUAUCUAAUGCUUAGCCUCAAAUAAUGUCUUCGGUCAGGAAUUUAUCACAAAAGAAGACUUGGAUUCUGCAAAUCUCUUUUCUAAAUGAAACCACACACAUGAUCACCUUCACAUCAGCAAUCCUUCUUUCUAGAAUGUUUUUUAAGAGUUGUGUGCUUUUAUUCAUGUGGAUGAGGCACACAUGACUCAUUCCACUAAGAUUUUUAAGAGCCACCAACUUACCUUUUCUCUUCCUAUAAAUACAUUUGCUGAAUCUGUGGUUUGAACCCUCACUCUAACCAUCUGACAAUCCCACAACAUUCUUGGAAUAGAAAGCAAAAACAGAAUCACAUCGGAGCAAUAGCAAUUCAUCGAAUAUGAAAACACAGCAGCUGGCACAUGUAGCCUAUCUGGGUGAGAGGACACCAAAAAGAAUUUUACAAGACCCUGCUAGUGCUAAUGCUAAUGCUAGAGGAUACCAAAUUUCCUCUUCUUCGAUUGGAUCUCUGAAAUUAAAACAGAAUGAAGUAAAUUGGAUGAACAAACUUGGAGGAAAGGCAGAUAACCUUGCAAAUGUCAUCCGAGAGCACGUGAGAUUAGGGCCCAAGAUCACUGAAACUGUGAAGAGGAAACUGAGUUUGGGGGCUAAAAUUAUUAGAGCAGGCGGUGUGGAGAAGAUUUUCAAGCACCACUUUAGCAUUAAAGAAGGAGAGAAGCUGCUAAAGGUUUCCCAAUGCUAUUUAUCAACAACAGCUGGUCCAAUAGGAGGCCUCCUCUUCAUCUCCACCGACAAGGUUGCCUUCUGCAGUGACAGAUCCAUCAAAUUGUCUUCUCCAACUGGCGAGUUUGCUAGAAUUCGUUACAAGGUGUUGAUCCCUGUAGAAAAGAUAUUGAGAGCCAAUGAAAGCCAAAACGUGAAGAGACCAUCAAAGAAGUACAUUGAAAUAGUUACUAUGGACAACUUUGAUUUCUGGUUCAUGGGAUUCUUGAAUUAUCACAAAACUUUGAAAUGUCUUCAGCAAGCACUUUCUCAGGCUCAAUACUUACAACUUGAUCAGAAAUGAUUAAACAGAUGUGUUCCACCCCAUGGCCCCCCUACUUCACUAGAUGUGUAUGAAUUAGGAGAACAAACUUGUAUAAAUAUUGUAACAACUUUGUUACUUAGGCUUUUCUUCAAUGGAACAAAAAAACAUAAUUCUUAUCAGUAAAUGGGUCAUUGAUGUUGUUUGCUA